AUGAAGAUCGCCUUCGUUCUCCUUCUCCUUGUGGGGAUUACCCUGGCUGAUGAUAUAGCAUCGGCAGCUGGCCAAAUCUUCAACAGCAUCCUUCCGAAUUUAAUCAGCAACUCGGUGACCGGGCAGCAAGGCAACUCAGCACAGAAUACCCUCCAGCAAAUCGGUACAGUGGUCGGUGGGGUAGUUGAUUACGCCAAGAAGAAGAGCUAUGAAGAAAUGCUGAAGCAAGUCCAGGACACCACUACAGAUGAGGAUCUGAUUCGUGUGAGCGAAGAAAUGUUUAAUGCAGAUGUUAAUAAUGCGUUCAAUUAUAUUCAAGUCAAUCUUCAAGGAAAGACUAGUCCUAUGUCGAAAAGUGAUGAAGCCCAAACAAACCUUCUAUCCGUACCCGAGAAUGUAUGGAACGGCCCGACGAUAAGACCUUUUGCCGCGCUGUUCGAUAAUUAUCACAAGAACGUGAUUAGGCCAGAGUUCGUAACACCGAAUGAAGAAACUGAGCAAGUAACAUACAUAAACACAAUCCUAGCCACGGGUCCGAUGAGAAGUUUAAUGUCCUUCCUCGCAAGCAAAGGUCUAACGCAAAUGAACGAGUACAACGAACAAGUGGAGUUGUUAAAGAAAAUUUGGUUCACUAAGUACGCAAGACAUUGGACUGGACUUUGUAAAUGCAGCUGUGCUUUUGAAAACAUCUUUAUGGCUGAACUGAAAUCAGAUCAAGUUUUAGGUCUCCACAGCUGGUUAUUCUUCGCUAAAAGAGAAAUGGACCGCAAAGCGAACUACUUAGGAUACAUCGAUAAACUAGACUUGGGCGGCAAAGGGUUGAUUCUGAAGCAGCACUCCAUCCUCAGUGAAACGAAAGACGCCCCAGAAAUAACGAUGUUCGUGGGAACAUCACCGGAACUAGAAACGGCCUUGUAUACUUUAUGCUUUAUGGCGCGCCCAGACCGUCCUUGCAAGCUUCGCGCGAACAACGUCCCCUUCACAAUCCAGACCAAGACUUUGAGGGCAGACAAUGUUCCACUUAUCGACACUGCAUACCCAGUGUUCUAA